GGCAGUGGGGCCGGAUCGCCGCCGUCAGCGGCGGCGCGGGGGGCGCGGGGAGCCCCCUCUGCUGAGGCGGCGGGACUGCGGGCCGAGAGGAAGAUGUCUCAAAUCAGGAGAACCCCCAGGCACUUUUUCCUCUCCAGCUAUCCCAAUGGAGCACCAGAAGAGGAAAUCUCCAGUAACCUCCAAACAAUUCCAGACACCACAGAGCAAAUGGAGUUUGAUAUCAGCUCAGCUACUCAGGUUGGCCGUCAGCUGGCUCUGAUGGGGGAUGAAUUUAACAGGAGGCACCACAGGACAUUAGAAGAAACACUGCUUCACCUGGCACGAGUGGUUGCAAUGAGUGUUUUCCAGACAUGGAAUGUUAUUAAAAGUGUUAUAAGAAGCUGUGGAGAUGUGAGCAGUAACUGGACAAAGCGGAUCACUGGCUGUGGAGGCUGGACUUGCAGGCUUCCUGUCAGGUGCCUCUGCCAGAAGCUGCUGCCUGCAGCCUUGCUGGUUGCUGCCUUUUGGUGGGCCAUUAAUUGUGGACUGUAGAAUUAGCGCACAGAAUUUACAACAGGAGGUCAUUGCUGGACACUGACCAACAUCACUAACACCCCAGUGGUGGCAGCUGGUUUGUUUUUUCAAAUUUACACUGAUGAAAAUCUCUUUAAUAUUUAAACUUAGGCGAGUGCUGGGUCACUGCUGUUUCUUAUCUUUUUUAAAGAAAAAACUUUUAAAAUAAGGAGGUCGUUGCUGGAUAACUGCCUGACUUGCUAGUUUUGAAAUGUGACUCCAGGCAAUUGGAAAGUCUGUCUUUUUUUGUGUUUAUUUUAAUGCAAUAUAAAGUGUCUUAUUUCCUAUAAAUGAAUUUGUUAAAGAGAUUCUGGAUGUGAGGUAAACUGAAGGCAUGCUGGCCAUCCUUUAAAUUUUAACACUGUAAAAGCAAUAGUAAAGAUUAAAACCAUGAUACUUUUUUUAAAAUUAAAUUGUUGCUUCAAA